AUGGCGACAGGGUUAUCAUCCCAGCCAAUGGUAGAGGGAGACGCAUCGAGCACAAUCACGCUUCAUAUACUUUGCCAGUCUCUACCCCCUCCAAGCCGGUUUACACUCAAGAACGUUCCACUCUCCUCCACAAUCGCACAGCUCAAGGGCCGGAUCGAACAGACCUUUCCGAAUAAUCCUCAAGCAUCACACCAGAGACUUAUCUAUCGAGGGAAACCUCUCACUGUUGAUGAUGCAACACUCAGCGCAGUAGUCUCGUCUAUGGAGGAAGGAAUUGACAGUAUGCAUCUUGUGCUACCACCUGAGCCAACACACUCAGAAGCACCUCCUGCUCCUGAGAUGUCGCAACAUUCGCCUCUCGGGAAUUCUGCUCAAGCUUCUACGUCUUCUUCCACCGGGCUUGAUGGCCCCAAUCCAGAUAUUUCGGUUACUACAGACAGCAUUUCCUCAUACUCGAGCACCCUGAGGCAAACGGAUGCCACUCCAGGUUCUCCAAACGUCACAUUCAAUCAAUACGUCAACGGCUCUUCACUUAACCCAUACCCAUCAACCACAAACGCACCAGAGGCCCACAGUGCAGAAUUAUCUCAGCAUAUUCGCACUUUACGAGGUCAAACUGAGGAUAUUGAGAGGGAACUGGACAGACGUAUCUUGCCUUCUAUGCAGGAUAUCAUUCGUAUACGGAACCAGCUUCUUGAAAUCCAAGAUGCACGGCCUACGGGACAACUUCCUCUACCCGGUGUUGCAGAACUGGUUGCCCGUAUUCUUGACGCUCAACAACGCGCCCGUUUAACAGAAUACGUGCAGCAUAGGCAUUUGCAGACAAGCAUUUUAUCCCAAAACUCGCUCCAACCAGGUCCCACUCAGGUCUUCAUGCUGUCCUCACCAAUAGGAGACUUUUACAGUGGUCUCAUGGGACAAAAUCACUUGAUAACCCGACCCACAAUGCAACAGGCGGUUUUGCCCAAUACAGCCCCCGCUAACGAACCCGGUGCACCUCAGCCACCCCGAGUACCUCAAGCACCCCGGCCACCCAACCCAAACGCAGCGGUAGUCCAGAACGCCCUGCGCCAAGCACUGCUCAACCAACAGCGCCGAGGCAAUAAUGUCGAGCACGCCGGUCUGGCACGACACAUCCGCCGCAUCUGGCUGUUCACCCGUCUGUGGCUCUUCUGCUACCUCACUAGUGCCCCUGGCACCUGGAGGCGUUACAUCUUCGUCAGCAUUGCCUUGCUGGUUACAUUAUUUUCUGAGACCAAUAUUCCGCGGCAGUUUGCGACAACAAUUAUCAGUCCCGUCCAACGCCAUCUCGAGAGCCUCACUCAUGUUGGUGGACCGGCAGAUCGAGCCACUCAGCUUGGAGCAGAUGACGCUGCCGCGGAGUUCAAUAUUUGGGACCAGAUACGCCGCGCGGAGCGAGCCCUCGUUUUUCUUUUUGCAAGUCUGGUUCCCGGUCUCGGUGAGAGGCACGUCCAGGCUCGCACUGCGGCAGAUCAAGCUUUCUUGGCUCAGCAGGAGCGGAGGGCGCGGGAAAGUCAGGAGCAGGAGCAGGCACGGGAGCGAGAGCGCCAGGAACAGGAGCAGGAACAGGAACGGGCUCAAGCUGGUGUGGCGGAGGGCGCGGGGAAUGCAGGUGCCGAACAAGAGUAG